AUGGGUCAGGCCAAGCGAACCCGCAAGUUCGCCGAGGUGAAGCGCGUCAUCUCGAAAAAGGACGCCCGCCGCAAGGAGAACGCCUCAAAGGCCGACGAGGCCAACGACCAAAAGAGCAAGACGGCGCCCGCCUCCUCGGAGCUGAUCCGCGAGAUCCCCCAGCAGCCCUCGUCCAUGUUCUUUCAGCACAACGAAGCCCUCGUGCCGCCCUACUCUGUCCUCGUCGAUACCAAUUUCUUGUCCCACACUAUUAGCCGCAAGCUUCCUCUUCUCGAAUCCUUGAUGGACCUGCUGUACGCCAAAGCCAACCCCAUCAUCACCGACUGCGUCAUGGCCGAGCUGGAGAAACUCGGACCCCGCUACCGACUAGCCCUGCGCAUUGCGAGGGAUCCCCGGUGGGAGCGACUCCGGUGCGACCACAAGGGCGUCUACGCCGACGACUGCAUCGUCGACCGCAUCAUCAAGCACCGAGUCUACCUGGUAGCCACCAACGACAAAGCAUUGAAGAACCGGAUACGCAAGAUCCCCGGCGUACCCAUCAUUUCGUGUGCCAAGGGUAAAUACGUCGUGGAGAAGCUGCCGGAUGCGCCGAUAUAG